AUGUACUUGAAGAUAUGGGAUGGUGGCUCAAGACUGCUGCUGUUUAAAGUUAUCCUGCUGUUCUCCUUCCUUCCUGACAGUGUCAAUGAGCAUUUGAAAUUCAUCUGCAUCCAGCCUUCCAAUGCUCUGGGGAAGAUUAGCACCUCCAGAUCUCAAAUGAUACUUGGGGGAUUUAUUUCUCUUUUCUAUAGUGAUGAAAAAAUACAGAAUUUCAAAAACGAGCCAGAUGUUGCUAAAUAUGGAAAACUGAUUCCCAAAAACUUCCAGCAUGUACUUUCUAUGUAUUUUGCCAUUCGUGAGAUCAACAACAACAGCAAGCAGUUCCCCAGCAUCACAAUAAAACUGGAAAUUCAUGAAACCCCUUUUAUUGCCAGGGAGGCCAGUAAGCAUGUUUUCGAUCUUAUUUUUCUGAACCGAGGGAGUCCUGUCAACUUCAAUUGCGCCAGAAGGAACAAGACAUACAUCUUGCCUGUCAUUGGUGACCUUCCUUCUGCCACUUCCAUCCAGAUGGCCCACAUUUUGAACACAUAUAAGUUUCCACAGCUCAGUUAUGGCUCCUUUGAUCCAGCCCUGAGUGACAAAAGACAGUUCCCUUCCUUUUUCAGCAUGGUUCCCAAUGAAAAUGAACAAUAUGAGGGCAUUAUUCAUCUAUUGAAACAUUUUGGAUGGAACUGGAUUGGCCUCUUAAUAUCAGAGAAUGAAGGUGGAGAAGCCUUUCUUCAAAACCUCCAACCAAAACUCUUCCAGAAUGAUAUUUGCAUUGUUUGGAUGCGGUUGAUCCCACUUUUGAGAAAUCGAUUGUUAAGCAUGGGCGCCCUUUCUGCAUAUAUAGCAGACAUAAGAGACACUAUCUUAGGGAUGAAAAUCAGCGUGUUCCUUGCUUCUGGGACUGUCCAAUCUAUGGAGGCUUUACAAAGAGCUUUAUAUUCCUCUGAAAUCACUUUUAUGAAGCCAAUAGACCACAGAGUGUGGAUCGGGACCUCUCAGUGGGAUUUCACUUUCAAGACAUUCCCAUCUGGGAGUUUCCCAGCCCAAACUUUCAAUGGUUCCUUGCACUUCUCACUUCACACAAACAAGGUGCCAGGAUUUCAGGAGUUUCUUAAGACCUUAAACCCUUUUUCAAGUACCUUUCCUUACAUGAAAUGGUUCUGGUACUCUGUAUUUCACUGCUCACUCCCUCCAUUUCACCAAGCAGCAAAACGCUGCACAGGGAAGGAAGAACUAGCGAAAGUCCCUAGUUCUGUGUUUGAAACGUCCAUGUCUGGAGAGAGCUACAAUAUCUACAACGCAGUUUAUUCUGCAGCACAUGCUCUGCAAACGAUGUGUUCAAGAAGAGCAAAGCCAGUUUCUCUGAGGAAUCAGGAUGGAGCAGAUCUUUGUCAUUUUCAACCAUGGCAGUUUCACUAUUUCCUGAGAAACACCCAUUUUAAUAGUAGUGCAGGAGAUGAAAUCUUUUUUGAUGAGAAGGGGGACUUUGACCCAGGAUAUGACAUCAUCAAUGUGGUCACCUUCCACAAUAAAUCCUUCCAGAGGGUCCGGAUUGGAAGGAUGGACUCCAAAGCUGCAGAUGGGAAAAAGUUCACCCUCAAUGAAAGUGGCAUUUUGUGGAAUCACAAGUUUCAACAGAUACCUCCCCAUGCCAGAUGUGUGGAGAGUUGCUUCCAGGGGUACAGAAGGGUUGUUCAGGAAGGAAAACAUGCAUGUUGCUACAAUUGCACAAAAUGCUCCGAAGGAAGAAUUUCAGUUGAAAUGGAUGCAGACCAAUGUGAGAGAUGCCCAGAAGAUCAAUAUUCUAAUGCGGAAAAUGACCAGUGCCUUCCUAAGAGUUUCAACUAUUUAUCCUACAGUGAACCCUUGGGAGUCAUUCUGACUUUCUUGAAUCUUGUCUUUUCGGCUGCCCUCAUAUCAGUGGCAGUGACUUUUAUUCUGCAUUGGGAUACCCUGAUUGUCAAAGCAAACAACAGGAAUAUCACAUGCAUUCUUCUUUCCUCUCUCCUGUUCUGUUUUCUGUGCUCCUUGAUGUUUAUCGGUUGGCCUCAGGUGGUGUCUUGCUUUUUCAGACAAACUUUGUUUGGCAUCAUUUUCUCCAUCUCAAUUUCCUGUAUCUUAGCUAAAACCAUUACAGUUGUUGUGGCCUUCCUGGCCACUAAGCCAGGAAGUCAGAUGAGGAAAUGGCUAGGAAAAAGACUGGCAGGAUCCAUCAUUGUCAUGUGUUCCUGUAUUCAAGCAAUUAUAUGUGUGGCAUGGUUGGUCAUGUCUCCUCCCUUCCCAGAGUUGGACAUGCAUUCACAGGUUGAUGAGAUUAUUGUGCAAUGUAAUGAAGGCUCAGAUUCCAUGUUCUACAUUGUCCUGGGCUACCUGGGGCUGCUGGCCACCAUUAGUUUCACUGUGGCUUUCUUUGCCCAAAAAUUGCCAGAUACCUUUAAUGAAGCCAAGCUGAUCACCUUCAGUAUGCUUGUGUUUUGUUGCAUUUGGGUGUCCUUCAUCCCAGCCUAUCUGAGCACCAGAGGGAAAUACAUGGUGGCUGUGGAGAUCUUCUCCAUCUUGGGCUCUACUGCUAGCUUACUGGGCUGCAUCUUUUCCCCCAAAUGCUACAUCAUUCUCUUGAAGCCACAUUUAAACAUGAAAGAACAUCUGACAAAAAGUACAGUUUAA